CCCAAAAUAUCAGUCAAAAAUUGAUUUUGUUUGAAAAUAUUAUUAAUUUCUUUAAAAAUAGUUUGAACUAUACUCUUUCAAACCAGCAGAUUUAAUUUACCAGCAGAGUUAGCUGCAACUGAAAUUUAGGGGAUCAAAAUUUAGCACCUGAGCCAAAUUUCCUUAGUAACGCCCUUAGCAACGUGAAAACUGCAUUUUAUUACCCCGAAUUUCCCCCACCAGUCGCAGAACGAGCUGUCAAUUGAAGUGAAUCGUUCAAUGAAGUGGCUAAGUCCAAGAGAGGCAGAUUAGUGCGUUUUAAAUGAAGUACUAGACUCAUCUUUAGUACGUUUGUUUCUCGUGUUUCUCUCUCGUUGCGUUUCUAAACAAAUUUUAAAAUAUAACCAUGGGAAACCUCAAGAACAGAGCAAGGACAACAUCCAGAAAGCGAAAAAGAAAUCAAACUGAAGUAGAGACGGCAAAAGAAGCAAAGUUGGUAAAGGAGAUAGGAUCGCUGGAAGAAGCACCGCCAUGUUCGACUCCUGAAUUUGCAGUGGGCCUAACCCCGGUUGUCAGUUCCGUUCCUGUUUUGCCAAGACAAAAUGUAAGCAGUUCAUCAAAGAAGCUUGAUGAUGUAGCAGUUCCAUGUAUUGAUGAGGAAGAGGAGAAAGGCGGAUUUGUUUUUUUUAGUGUUGAUGUGCUAAGAAGUCUAUUCUCGAUUGUAUCUUGUCCUGGAUGUAAAAGCGAAGGAGUAAAAAUAAAAGAGAUUCCUAGAAAGAAACAAGGACUCGUUGCUGCAUUUCAAAUGCAAUGCUCAAUUUGUUUGUGGAAACAUGAAUUUCUUUCUAGUAACUAUGCCAAAGAGGAGGGAAAGAAAUCAAAGAACAGCUUUGAGGUCAAUGUAAGAGCAGUCAUGGCAAUGCGAAAUCUUGGCAUUGGUCAUGACGGCCUUGAAAGCUUUUGUAUGCAUAUGAAUAUGCAGCAACCAAUGACAAGAAAUAAUUAUAAUAAAUUGAUUGACUCUCUGCAUACUGUUUAUAUGAAUGAGGCUGAACAAAGUAUGAAAAAUGCAGCUGAACAGGUCAAAGCAAAAGAACAGUCAACAGAUAUUACUGCUAGUUUUGACGGCUCUUGGCAGAAGCCAGGUCAUGCAUCCCUAAAUGGUGUUGUAUCUGCCAUAUCAGUAUUGACUGGCAAAGUCCUGGAUUUUCAGGUAAAGUCAAAAAAAUGUAAAAGCUGUGAAGCUCAUAAAAAUAUGGAUGAAACAAGUUCAAAAUAUUUAGCUUGGAAACUUGAUCAUGGUUUGGUUUGUGGAACUAAUCAUGUUGGAUCAUCAGGGAAAAUGGAAGUUGAUGGAAUAUUAGAGAUGUUUAAAAGAUCUGAGGAAAAACAUGGCCUCAGAUAUAUAUCCUUUGUAGGAGAUGGUGACUCCUCCACAUAUCAAACUGUGUCUAAUCAAAAGCCCUAUGGAGAAGAGGUUACCAUUGUCAAAAAAGAGUGUGUGGGGCAUGUCCAGAAAAGGCUAGGCACUAGACUUAGAAAAUUGAAAACUACCUACACAAAAAGGAAACUGGCUGAUGGGAAAGCUAUUGGUGGAAGGGGUAGAUUGACGGAUAAGAUGAUAGAUACCAUGCAAAAUUAUUAUGGCCUUGCCAUCCGCAAAAAUAAAAAUAACUUGAUUGGCAUGGCCAAUGAGGUCAAAGCAAGUCUUUACCAUCUUGCCUCCUCAGAAGAAACCCCACAGCACCAUUUGUGUCCAAAGGGCAAAGAUUCUUGGUGUGGAUGGCAAAGAGAUUUUGCAAAUGGAACAAAUCAGUAUCAGCACAAGAAAGGCCUACCAAAGGCAGUUAUCGAUGCUGUAAUACCAAUCUAUGAUUCACUAGCUGAUCAUACUCUGCUGUCACGAUGUCUUGACUCUUACACCCAGAACCCGAAUGAGUCAUUGAACAACCUGGUAUGGAAAAGAUGCCCCAAAAAAAUAUACCAGGGAAAGAAGGUUGUGGAACUAUGUACUGCAAGUGCAGUAGCCACUUACAAUGAUGGACUAGCAUCAGUUGCCAGAGUUUUAGGGCAACUUGGAAUAGUGCCUGGCUACCACACUACGAUGGGGAUAUUAAAAAGAAACAAUGCAAGAAUUGCCAUCGCUGGACUACAAUCAACAGAAAAGGGAAAGCUAAGAAGAAAAAAGCUGAGGGCUAUCAAAAAGGGGCUAUGGGACAGAAAUAAAGAAAAAGAGGGGCCAAUUUAUGAAUCUGGGGCCCAUUAGAUUUAAGUAAUUGACAUUUUCCCAAACUCGAACAUUGUUUUGACGUUUUUUUUAAUUUUUCAAAACCGGACAAAUGUCUAUACUUGUGACAAUGAUUUUCUGGCAUCCCUUGACAUAUUGACUUGAAACUUUCAGGAGUUGUCUAUUACAUGUAGCUCUAGAGAAUGAGUGAUUUUAGGGUGCUCAAAGCUCUUACAAAAAACUCUGUGAUCAGAAGAAUUUAUAUGCCCACAACAAAUUUUAGGUACAGUAAUUUGAACCAUUUUUUUCUUUGGCUGUGAGUUGAGUGUGAAGCCUAAAAUCACUCAUUCCCUAGCUCUAUCCAUAUAGAUUUAAUUUGCAAAUUUUGAGCUUGAUGUCUCCACCAUGAAAAAAAAUUUAUUGUUACAAGCAUACAUGACAUUUGCUCUUUUGUUUCUUCCGCCAUUUUGCCUAAUUUGCAUAUUAAAUUAAAGUUAUUAAAUUUUUGCAUUCUUUAGGCCAAAGUUCAUAAAAUUGCAAAAUUUCAAUGAGAUAUUCUUUAGAAUGUAGAAAUUUUCCCAGUUGGGGGUGUACUAC